AUGACUCGCCCUAAUAUCACUCUGUACACAGCUCAGACCCCCAAUGGGAUCAAGAUCUCCAUCGCUUUGGAGGAGCUUGGCUUGCCUUACAAGGUCGAGGUCCUUGACUUUUCCAAGAACGCCCAAAAGGAGGACUGGUUCCUCGAGAUCAACCCCAACGGCCGGAUUCCCGCUUUGACCGACGAGUUCACUGAUGGCGAGAAGAUCAAUCUGUUCGAGUCUGGCGGUAUCUUACAAUACCUGGCGGAACAAUAUGAUCCCGAAUACAAGAUCUCUUUCCCAAAGGGCACCCGCGAACACUACGAAAUGACCAACUGGCUCUUCUUCCAAAAUGCAGGCGUUGGUCCAAUGCAGGGCCAGGCCAACCACUUUGCGCGAUAUGCGCCCGAGCGCAUUGAGUACGGAGUCAACCGAUACGUCAAUGAGACUCGCCGACUGUAUGGCGUGCUCGAUAAGCACCUUGCCAAGUCCAAGUCCGGGUAUCUGGUUGGCGACCAUGUCUCCAUUGCCGAUAUCUCACACUGGGGAUGGGUGGCCGCUGCAGGGUGGCCUGGUAUUGAUAUUGAUGAGUUCCCUAACUUGAAGGCGUGGGAAGAGCUUAUGGCUCAGCGUGAAGGUACGGAGAAGGGACGCCAUGUCCCUUCCCCGCACACAAUCAAGGAGCUGCUUAAGGAUAAGAAGGCCAUGGAGGAGAAGGCCGCUGAGGCCCGAGCAUGGGUUCAGCAGGGAAUGAAGGAUGACGCAAAGAGCAAGGUUUAA